AUGGAGGGCCAGGAGUGGCGCGACGACUGGCAUCAGCCCCGUCAGAUGGACGGUGUAGUGUCAAGUCAAUUUCCUCGUGGAAGUUUCCAUUUACACUCGUUAGCGGAGCGCGUAAGUAGAGAUCAGGCUCUAUUACCGGUACUGCCACCUUUGCACAAUGAAAUGCGAGAUAACGCUGUGUGUUCGCGUAGCACGUACUCUCCCCUACAGGCGCUCAGUGAGAGCACGUGCAGGGACCACGGCGCGACCGCGCCCCCGCCGCAGCCGCCGCCGCCGCGUAUGCAGGUCCCAAGCCAAAACGUGACCCUACACCCGGCGGUAGCGCGUUGCAGCGCCACGCUCGAGCUGGCCGCCCUAUGGCGCAGCUUCCACGAGCUCGGCACCGAGAUGAUCGUGACGAAGGCUGGGCGGCGCAUGUUCCCCGCGCUGCAGGCGAGGCUCGCGGGCCUCUUGCCUAAUGCGGACUAUCUGUUGCUGGUCGACUUCGUGCCGUUGGACGAUAAGAGAUAUCGAUAUGCUUUUCAUAGCUCGAGCUGGGUGGUGGCGGGCAAGGCGGACCCGGUUUCGCCGCCGCGCAUACACGUGCACCCCGACUCGCCCGCCGCCGGCGCGCACUGGACGCGCCAGCUCGUCUCGUUCGACAAGCUCAAGCUCACUAACAACCAGCUGGACGAUAAUGGCCAUAUCAUCCUGAACUCGAUGCACCGCUACCAGCCGCGGCUGCACGUGGUGUUCCUGCCGGGCGCGGGGCAGAGCGCGGCGCCCGGCACCGUGCCCUACCGUACCUUCGUCUUCCCCGAGACCGGCUUCACCGCCGUCACCGCCUACCAGAACCAUAGGAUAACACAACUGAAAAUAGCGAGUAAUCCUUUCGCAAAGGGCUUCAGAGAUUGCGAUCCAGACGACUGCCCGCCGGAGCAGGGCGCGGCGCGCGGGCGGCGGCGCGAGGCGGACGCGUGCCCGCUGGCGGCGCCCUACGCUGGCGAGCCCAGCGCCAGCGGCCCGCUGUACGCGCACGCGCACCCCGUGCGCUACCAGCCGCACUCGGGCCACAACAGUGCGUACACCGCGUACUACGCGCACAGA